GUAAAUACAGUCCGGGCAAUACAGGGAUCAUCUCAUAUAAAAGCGAGAACCUUCAUCUCAUCUUCAGUCGCUAUUGUGGUCACUAGGUACAAAAUUCCGCAAUGAAAUUGAUUUCAGCUCUGGCCGUCCUCGUGGCUUGCGCCGCCGCCGCGCCCCAACGGGACUCCAAAGACGCCGUCAUCGUCAAGUACGAGAGCGACAACAUCGGCCUGGAUGGAUACAACUUCGCGUAUGAGACGAGUGAUGGGACUUCGGCUCAGGAGCAAGGGCAGCUGCAGAACGCUGGGUCUGAGAACGAGGCGAUUUCCGUCCGCGGACAGUUCUCGUUCGUGGGGUUGGACGGUCAGACGUACACGGUGACGUACGUAGCGGACGAGAACGGGUUCCAGCCACAGGGAGCGCACAUCCCCAAGAGCGCCUAAUUGUUAGUUUUGUAAUUUAUGUGACUGCCAUCUCGACCGCCGGUUUUUACACAGUUUUCAUAAAACUGUGCAAAAAUCGAUUAUUUAUAAAAAUGUAAAUAAUAAACUAUAGACACACCAA